AUGGCCACCGAAACGACCCCACUGCGCGGCGUGCAAUACGCCUCGGACGCCCAGCGACGCAAGCGCAUUGUCGGCAUCACGGGCGUCGUCGUCGUGCUUGCAGCUGUCGUGGUCGUGCUGUGGCUCACGCUCAGCGGUCACGGCUCCAAUUCGAUGGACCCCAAGAUGCCACGUGCACCGGAGAACAGCUCUCCGGUUGACCCUCGCGACGAAGCACCGGACGCGGCCCCCGCCGCGGCGCCAGGCGCUCAUCUCCGACACGAGCCGCCUGUUGAUGCCGUUCACCAGGGGACCCCACCCGUUGAUGCCGUCCACCAUGGACAGUCGCCGUAG